AAAAUUUCACAUUGCCUUGAUAAGUUGAAACGAUUAGAUAUGGACGGUUGUUAAAAAAAUAAAAAAUUUCGUUCAGUUUUAAGACCACCAUCGAAGAAAAAAUACUGUUGCGACCCAGGCAGAAUGGAUAGUCUCAAUACCAGUUUUGAUAGAGAAAAUAAGAUAUGGAGUGGCCCGAAAGUCUUUCCCAUACACAAUAUUGAACAUCAUUCGAUUGGUAGAAUACUAUUUGGUCAAAUGAGGAUAAAUCCAAGAAAUGUGAUACAGAUUGACGAUAUCGAUGGAACAUCAGCAACCAGCGGCGAGCUCCUAACAUGGGGAACUCGCAUCGCCUUACAUUUGAAAUCUUUGAAAUUGACUCAUGAGGAUAUUGUUGGCAUAGCGGCCAGAAACACCAUCCACUUAUCAUCGGUUGUUUUGGGUUGUCUCUUCAAUUGUAAUCCCUUUCAUGCUGUUAAUCCAAAUUUUCAUGAAGGGGCUAUUGCACAUUGCUUUAGCCUAACCAGGCCACGAGUAAUUUUCUGUGAUGGCAGCGAUUAUGAAAAAAUUCAUGUGGUUACCAAAUCGUUUGAGCCCAUAAUUUACACCCUAAUCGAUCACAUUGAGGGUGUACCAUCGGUUUUGGAUUUACUGCUACCCAAUCCGUUGGAAGGAUCGUAUCAGCCCGAGAAGCUUACUCUGGGAGCAGAUCAAACCAUUGCCAUUCUUUGUUCUUCGGGAACGACGGGACUACCCAAAGCUGUAACCAUUUCGGCUCAUAAGAUAAUUAUUGAACAUCCAUUUGUUAAUAUCGACACCGUCAUCUAUACAUCCAGCGGAAUAGAUUGGAUAAGCGGACUUGGAACUUUUAUACACAACUGCUACACCGGGUUUACGCGCAUUCUAAAUCGCAAACCAUUCAGGGCCAAUGAAUUUGUAGAGAUGGUGAAAAAAUAUCAAAUCCAAUCGGCCAUUUUUGCUCCCGUCCAAUUGGUCGAACUUUUAGAUUGUCCCAUUUUUACAAAAGAAAAUAUGACGAGCUUUAAAAUACUUCAAACUGGUGGCGGUUAUAUAUCCCAGCAAGUUUUUGAAAAUCUUAAGCUCAUUAUGCCGCAGUGUUUUAUUGGCAUUAGCUAUGCCAUUACCGAGGUGGGAAUGAUUUCCAUUGACAUUGGUCUGAAACGCAGUGGCUCGGUUGGAAAGAUGGCGCCCAACGUGCAGCUGCGUAUUGUCGAUGAGCAGGGUCGUAACUUGAAUUCAAAUGAAAUUGGUGAGAUAUUGGUACAUUGUCCAUACCCAUGGGCUGGAUAUUAUGGAAAUCCCGAGGAGACGCAACGUGUCAUGGAUUCUUUGGGUUGGUAUCACACCGGAGAUUUGGGUUAUAUGGAUGGAGAGAAUUUCCUCUAUAUUGUUGAUCGUAAAAAGGAUAUUAUGAAAUAUAAUGGUUUCCAAUAUUGGCCGGGUGAGAUAGAGAAUGCCAUACGAGAGCUGACCGAUGUGAUCGAUUGUUGUGUGGUGGGUAUUUUCAAUGAACGCUAAGGUGAUGUUGCUGGUGCCUUAGUCUUGAAAAAGAGCGGUAGUCAAUUGUCCACCCAACAAAUUGUGCAGUAUGUAAGAAGUCGUUUGGUCGAACCCCAUAAACAGCUACAUAAUGGUGUAUACUUUGUGGACAAGUUACCUCAAAAUUGUAAUGGCAAAGUUCUGAAGCGUGAAGCUAAAGACGUAUUUAAAUCCCACAUGGAGCAGUCAUUAGACCAUUAAUGUUCGAUAUAUAGGUGUAUGAAGAUGGACUGAAAAUAAAAUAUUGUUUUUAUGAUGAUGUCUA